UUAGUAAGACAUAUAUAUAAACUGACAAAAUGCUGCGUAAUAGCUGCAAGGCACUGCGCAACAGCUUUUCAAGCAACACCUGGAGAGCGGCCAGCAACCACGGACCCAGGCAGCCACUGCCGUCCAUAGAGAAGCGCCUGGAGAAGGCCCAUCCACAGUUCACGGAACGGAGCCAGCUCAAAUAUGCCCGUCGCCUGGUCGUUAAACUGGGCAGUGCCGUCAUCACGCGCGAGGAUAAUCAUGGCCUGGCUCUGGGUCGUCUGGCCUCCAUUGUGGAGCAGGUCGCCGAGUGCCAUCUGGAGGGUCGAGAGGUCAUCAUGGUGACUAGCGGAGCUGUGGCCUUUGGCAAGCAGAAACUGGCCCAGGAGCUGCUCAUGUCGCUCUCGAUGCGUGAGACGCUGAAUCCAAAGGACAGCAAAGAGUUCGAUGGCGCCACACUGGAGCCACGUGCAGCUGCUGCGGUGGGUCAGUCGGGUCUCAUGUCACUCUACGAUGCGAUGUUUGCCCAGUACGGCGUCAAGAUUGCACAGGUGCUGGUUACCAAGCCGGACUUCUACAACGAGGAAACACGCAACAAUCUCUUCUCCACGCUCUCCGAAUUAAUUAGCCUAAAUAUCGUGCCAAUCAUCAACACGAACGAUGCCGUCUCUCCGCCGAUGUUCAUACGUGACGACGAGCCGGCUGGCGGUGCCAGAAAGGGCAUUCCCAUUAAGGACAACGACAGCUUGUCGGCCAUGCUAGCCGCUGAGGUGCAGGCUGAUCUGCUAAUCCUCAUGUCCGACGUCGAUGGCAUUUACAACAAGCCGCCCUGGGAGGAUGGCGCCAAGCUGAUGCACACCUACACCAGCGACGACAUCAACAGCAUUGAGUUUGGCAAGAAGUCCAAGGUGGGCACCGGCGGCAUGGACUCGAAGGUGAAGGCAGCUACAUGGGCCCUGGAUCGCGGCGUCAGCGUUGUUAUAUGCAACGGCAUGCAGGAGAAGGCCAUCAAGACAAUUGUGGGCGGCAGGAAAGUUGGCACAUUCUUCACCGAAGCCACCGAGAGCACCAACACCAUACCCGUCGAGGUGAUGGCCGAGAAUGCUCGAACUGGCAGUCGUCAGAUGCAGGCGCUGUCCCCGGCCGAGCGAGCGUUGGCCGUCAACAAUUUGGCAGAUCUGCUGGUGAGCCGCGAGAAGUUCAUAUUGGAGGCGAAUGCCAAGGACCUGGAGGAGGCCCAGAGGAGCGGGCUGGCUAAGCCGCUGCUGUCGCGCCUAUCACUCAACUCGGCCAAGCUGAAGAACCUGUCGAUUGGCCUCAGGCAAAUCGCCGAUGACAGCCACAAGAAUGUGGGUCGCGUGCUGCGCCGCACCCGCCUGGCCGACGGACUCGAGCUGAAGCAGGUGACCGUGCCCAUUGGCGUGCUGCUCGUUAUCUUCGAGUCGCGCCCGGACUCGCUGCCCCAAGUGGCCGCCCUGGCCAUGGCGUCCGCCAACGGGCUGCUGCUCAAGGGCGGCAAGGAGGCGGCGCACAGCAACAAGGCGUUGAUGGAGCUGGUCAAGGAGGCGCUCAACAGCGUGGGCGCCGAGCAUGCAGUUUCCCUGGUUUCCACACGCGAGGAGAUCAGCGAUUUGCUGGCCAUGGAGAAUCACAUUGACUUGAUCAUUCCACGCGGCAGCUCGGAGCUGGUGCGCAACAUCCAGGAGCAAUCGCUGCACAUCCCAGUGCUGGGCCACGCCGAAGGCGUCUGCCACGUCUAUGUGGACAAGGAUGCCGACUUGGGCAAGGCCUUGCACAUCGCUCGCGAUGCCAAGUGCGAUUAUCCAGCAGCCUGCAAUGCAAUGGAAACGCUGCUCAUACACGAGGAUCUAAUGAGUGGACAGAUUUUCAACGAUGUCUGCAACAUGCUGAAACGUGAGGGCGUCAAAAUCUAUGCGGGACCGCGUCUGAAUCAGCAACUGACGUUCGGCCCGCCCGCUGCGAAGAGUCUGCGCCACGAGUACGGUGCCCUGGAGUGCUGCAUUGAGAUUGUGCCCAGUCUGGAGGAAGCCAUUAAUCACAUACAUACGUACGGCAGCGGUCACACGGAUGUCAUUGUUACCGAAAAUGAUGCCACGGCACAGCGUUUCCUCAACUCCGUGGACAGCGCCUGUGUGUUCCACAAUGCGAGCUCGCGUUUCGCGGACGGCUUCCGCUUCGGCCUCGGCGCCGAGGUGGGCAUCUCCACGGCCCGGAUUCAUGCGCGCGGCCCUGUGGGCGUCGAGGGUCUGCUGACCACCAAAUGGAUACUCAACGGCCAGGAUCAUGCCGCUGCUGACUUUGUCGAGGGCGGCACACGCACCUGGCUGCACCAGCAGCUGCCCAUCGAUUAGUUCCCCAAAUUACUUAAGACGACUUCUGAUACGAUCUA